UUUUAAAAUGCAAGAGGGUACUAAGAAGCAUAUUGAGAACAAGAAGAAGUUGUUCGGAGAUCUUGAUGAGAAACCUCAAGAAAAAGAACACCUAACUCACAUUGAGCAUGCUGAGAGAAAGAACGUGAAAUUAUAUGAAACACAAAGAUUAAUGGAAACAGAGCUAGAACGGAUGCGAAAGGUGAAUAUAGCCAUGCAUGAUACUUCUGAGAAGCUAAACAAGACAGAUAAGACUUAUGGGAAGUAUGGCGAAAAUCUCUCAACUGCUACUAAGGUAUUGCAUGAUAUAUACAGGACCCAGAUCAUACAGAACAUCGUUGAAAAUGCAGCAAUGUACUUCUUUUUCUGAGCAUGAAUUUAUAUUUUCUGUGAAAGGUUUUAUAUAUGGGAGCUCAUGACUGUGGUCACUAAUGUGUUCUUCUUCACUUUUGGCUCGAUUAUCGACGGGAUUAGAUCAUUCUUGAACCUCAGUGAAGAAGAUUUCAGCUUAACAGCCGAUCAGGUGACUAAUGAAAUGUUCAAACAAAAUGUCUAAGUCAGUCUGAAUAGAUUUUUUAGAUUCAAUUUCUGAAUAAUUUUAG